AGCGCUGUCGCAAAACGAACGUCAAAAAUAAAUAUAUAAAUAAUAAAGCUGGAGGGGGAAAAAUAACAAGAGCAAACCAUGCACUGCUGCUUCCCUGGACUCCCAGUGGCUCGAGUAGGCUCGCUGUACUGAGAAUGGGCUUACAUUUCCUCCAGUAACUUCAACAAUAUUUUGAGUCGCCUGUCAAGCCGAGGCUAAUCAGGCUAGCUGGCUUGUGUGCAGUGUUUUCAUGGAGCUUUACGACAUUUAGGACGUUACCGAAGAGGAAGGCAGGUCGAAGUGAGAGGACUGGAAGCAGCUCUCUGUAGGAUUAUAGUCAUCCGGGAGCUGCUUUAUUAACUUGGGUGAAAGGGAAUAUCGACGCAGUCCGACUGGUCCGGGACAUCGCUCCCCAUGGAGCAGUACACGCCGGCCUCACUCACUCAACUCUGACACUCUGGGAGGAUUUCCCACUGCUACAUUGAAUAAUUCACUCACAUACCACAGAGAGAGAGAGAGAGAGAGAUGGGCUUUUAAUUCACAGAAACACUAUCUCGUGCUCGAGCUCCCCUGAGACGUUCCCCCAGAGAGAGCGGCUCGGACCAUGUGGAAGCCACACUGCUGACUCCGGGUUAUCGUUUGAAUAUUUGCGGCCGCAUGCUGGCAUCGCCCUCACACACCAGCGUGCAGAAUGGCAUCGAACGAGAGACUGUACGAGGUCUGGAUGUUGUACUGCAACAAGAGGGACCCUGAUUAUCUGAAGCUAUGGUUGGAGAUCUUCAUCAGCUCGUAUGAUCGCAGUCUGGAUGUGGACUUUGAGAAGCAGCCGAUCAGGGUGGAAGAGGUGCCCCCGGUCCUGUCUCUGCUCCCUGAUAACAUCCUGCAGGUUUUACGUGUUCAGCUGCUGCAGUGUGUUCAGAAAGCUUCAGUGGGACUCGAGCAGGAACAGCAGCACCUCGCUCUGCUGCUCCUCAAGUUCCUGAUCAUCACCUGCAGGAACCUGUCUAAUGUGGAGGAAAUCGGCACCUGCUCCUACAUCAAUCAAAUCAUCACCCUGACGACGCUCUACAUCCAGCAGCUGAAGAGUAAGACUAAAGAGAAAGAGCUGGCGGAUCAGACGCAGGCUGAGGAGUUUGUGCGACACGCGCUGGCUUUCUGCGAGAGUCUGUAUGAUCCAUACCACAACUGGAGACACCGCAUACAGGGGCAGCAGAUCAGCACCGUGGAGAAGAGCAGACAGAAGUUUAAAGCGGCUCCUCUAACCGUCGAGUUUGUUCCUUUUUUUUACCAGUGUUUUCAGGAGAGUGAGCAUCUGAAGGACAGUCUGAAGUGUUGUCUCCUCCACCUCUUUGGAUCCAUAGUUGCCGGUGGACAGCGUAACGCUCUCCUGGCCAUCUCCCCUGCCACCAUGGAGGUGUUGUUGGGUGUAUUGGGUGCUGGCGAGUGCAUAGGGGAAGGUGAGGAGGGGGAGGAUUGGGACGGAGCCGCCCCAGACCGGAAGGCGGUGCUCACUCUGUGCUGUCUGAGGGAGGUGGUGCACAGCCUGCUGGCCAGCAGCUCUGAUCAGAGACAGGUGGAGAUCAGCACCGUGCUCGACAGCUACUUCAAACUGCUCAACUACGACCCUAACACAGCCGGGGUCAAAGGUCACCCGACCUCGCCCCGUUCCCACCACUGGGAGAGCCGGUUGGUGGCGCUGCAGGUGAACAUGCUCGACACAAUACAGGACAUGUUUGAGUGUUCUGACCGGCCGGUUCUUCAGGCCAUCUUCCUCAACAGCAACUGUUUUGAGCACCUUACUCGCCUCUUACAGAACAGCAAGCUGGUAAACGUUCGGUUCGCCGCGGCAGACAAAGAACAGAAAGAUUUAACCAACAGGUUACUGACAGGAGAGAUUGAAAGCCAGGUCUUUGAAGGCAGGCUGGACUCUCUCACCGUGGCAACGAUCAAAACCCUCACCACGGUGAUGCACAAAUCGCCAGCCGCCAAGGAAGUGUUUAAGGAGCGGAUCGGCUACAACCACCUGUACGAGGUGCUCGUCUCUCUGGGACAGCCGUCCAGGAACCUGCUGAAGGAGCUCAUGAACAUGGCGGUGGAGGGUGAUCACUCCUCCGUGGGUUUCCUGGGGAUCAGUAACGUGGAGCCGCUCCUCCUCCUGAUCCGCUGGCUGCCGGAACUCGACUCGGCCGAGCUGCAGAUCUUCGCGGCCGAUCGGCUCCGGAGGAUCUGCGCCUUAAACCGGCGCACGCGGGCCGCCUGCGUCAACGCGCGCAUGCCGGAGUGUGUUCUCUCCACGCUCGAGAGAGACGCCCGUCUGCCGCGUGUAUGUGCCGAGAGCCUUCUGACUCUUCUGGGCGCUCUCGGGGCGGAGUCUCUGAGCGGGGCCGAGCUCCAGCGCCUUCUGAGCCUCCUGCGGAACCCUGAGAACCGCCUUCAUCCUUACACCGAGCCGGUGCUGCGCUCACUGCUCGCCAUGCUCCGGAAGCACACGCUCCACAGCGCAACACACUACUUCGAUCUGACCCCGCCCAUGGCGGGUAUCGCCGUGCCUACCAUUUCCAGGUGGCCAGGCUCCGCCUUCAGCUUCUUGUCCUGGCUGUCGUUGGACCAGGACCAAUUGGAACCAGCCGGCAAGGGUGAGAAGAGAAAGCAGUUAUACAGUUUCUUUACGCCCGGAGGUACAGGGUUCGAGGCCUUCAUAAGCUCCUCUGGCUCUCUGGUGGUGGCGGUGUGCAGUAAAAAGGAAUACGUCACGGUCACGCUGCCUGAUUACUGCUUCUGUGACUCACUGUGGCAUUAUAUUGGCGUGGUGCAUGUUCCUGGGAAGAGACCGUUCGGACAGAGUCUCGUCUACAUCUACGUGGACGGGCAGCUGAAGUUGUCAGCACCGCUGAAGUACCCCAACAUGGCCGAGGUGUUCACGUCAUGCUGUAUCGGCUCGGCAGGUCAGCGCACGACCACCCCUCCCCCGUCUCAGAUCGCCGACCCCCCUCCAUCUCGCACGUCUGUGUGGGGGGGGCUGUCCAGGCUGGCUCUGAUCUCCCCAGGGACGCAGGACAGCGAGUGGGGACGACCCACAUCACUGCAGGGACAACUGAGCACUGUGAUGGUGUUUAGUGAUGCUCUGAACACCAACACCAUCAGAGCUCUGUACAACACAGGGCCGAACUGCAUUUCUCCCUUUAAGAGUCAGGAGGCGGAGCUCGGUGACCUCAGCACCAAACUCCUCCUACACUAUUCACCAAAGGCCUGUAGGAACCCUAUCUGUGUGGACCUGUCCCCUAAUCUACUGCACGGACGACUGACGGGGAAUAAAGUGGUCAACUGGGACGUCAAGGACAUCAUUAACUGUAUCGGAGGACUUCCUGUGUUGUUCCCCAUUCUGGAGCAGCUGACCUUCUUGACCCCUGAACAGCACAAUGGCUUCUCGGGGUCAGAGGGCGUGACCCCUGAGGCUACCACGCCCACUGAUGGAGACUGGGUCAUACUGCCUACCAGCAGAGCCUCAGAGGCCCGUUUGGAGAAAAAUCUUGCUGCGACCUUCCUGUUAGUGUUGAAGCACUUCCUGCACAGACACACAAUAAACCAGGAGACGCUGCUGCACACACACAGUGUGGCCACCCUCGCUGCCCUGCUGCAGAAGCUGCCUGCUUUUCUGGUGGACGUGAGUGUGUUGGUCGCCGUACAGCUGCUGAUCGAGCAGGUGACCUAUGAGAAGAAUCCCCAACUCCUGCAACAGCUGCACACACACCUGCUGUUCAACUUCAACAUCUGGAACCAAGGAGACUUUCCCCUGCGCAUCGGUCACAUCCAGUACAUGUCCACCGUCGUCAAAGACAACAGGAAGCAGUUCAGGAAAAAAUACGGCGUGCAGUUCCUGCUCGACACGGUCCGCCUUUACUAUAGCGGGAAUCGCGAGGGCGAUAUGAGCGAGGACGACGUUCGGACCAUCAGAGCGUCGCUUUGUGGCCUUCUCAGGUAUUACAUCAGCAAAGGCGUGAGUCAGGACGAGAUCCAGAGCAUUCUGGGAUACAUCGCUGCUAUCGGAGAUGAAGAGCAGCUAUGUAGUAUUUUAGACCUGCUGCUGAAUCUUCUCCAGACGAGCGCGUCACGCGAUCAGCUUUUCCUGUUGCUGUUCGAGCCGGGAGCGGCCGAUUCCUGCUACUCGCUGCUGCUCAAUCACAAAUACUCUGACCGCCUCCGAGAGCUCAUUUUCAAGCUGUUUGAGCGCAUGCUGAGGUGUGACCAUGUGUAUGAGAAGAGUAAGCAGCGGCUGAGGCUGCGAGAAGUAGGCUACUCUGGCCUCACACUCCUCUUCCCUGACCUUCACAUCACCCCCACACUCGUCAAGUGCCUCCUCAACCAAAUCCUCCACACAGACACUGUAGUGAACUUUAAGGAUCUGAUGGCUCUCGUGCAGUUGACUCAUCGGGCUGAACUGAGCGUGCGCAUGCUCAUCUGCAAGAGGUUAUAUUCCCUGGUGCAGUCUCAGGCAGACGCAGCGCUACAGCUGUCCCGUCAGCCAUGUUGGCAGGACACACUGAUCCGAGUGUUGGUGCGGAGCUGCAGCGGUGACUCCGGUUCGGGGAGGGCCGACUCGGUCAGCCUGGGCAGCGUCGGCUCGAACCGGGCGGAACUUCCUGUGUGUGUAGAGAAUCUGGAGGAGAACGGAGAAGUGCUGUCUCUUUCUGAAACCCCCAGCGAGACCUCACGGAGCAGGGGGCUGAGUCUGGACCUGAGCCAGGUUCAUGCGCUUGAGCCGGGUGACAGCGGGAGUCAGACUCCCUCACCACUGGACAACGCCAAACCCUUCCCUGGUAGCGCCCCCGAACGAGAAACCACUUCCUCUCUGGGAGAUGACAGCUUCCUGUUCAGCGAUAAUCUCUCUCUGGGAGAGUCUUUUAACAGUUCAGAGCGCACGGAGGAGGAGUUGGCGCGGAUGAUUUUGGAGAUCGUGCUGUGUGUAAUGUGGAAGGGCGUGUCUGGCUCGGAUGAUGCAGCAUGGCUGGAGAGGGGACAGGUGUUCUCCGCUCUCACCAAACUGGGCACAGCUAACGAGCUCCUCCUGCCCGUCGACCACAUCAAACUCAGUCUGUUGGAGCGGAUGCUGGAGUGCGCUGUGAGUGAUAACCGGGAUUGUGUGGCAGCCAUGUUGCCGGAGCACACGGAAAACGCGGUGCGACUGCUGCACGUGGUGCAGGACUUCCUGCAGGCCGAGGGGCUGGUAAACCCGGCACUGUGGAGCGAGAGGCUGCUGGACGACACGGUCACGCUGAUGGACGGCCUCAUGGUGUGGUACACUGCCGGAACACAGUGGCGCCAGCUCUCACAGCUCGGCCUCAGGCUCUUACUUGGAUUUAUGGCCCAGCCUGACCCUCAGGUGUGUGCCAUGGCAACGGCGAAGCUGAAUGGGAUCCUACAGAUGAAAACCGUAGAGUCUCAGGACGAGGCGUGUUUCCUGCUCGGCCGGGUCGAGUGCAUCCUUCAGCGCUCUCUGGGCGAACAGAAGGAAACGGACGGGACACGGAAGGAUGGAUCGAAAGAGGUGGAUCGGAGAAGAAGGGAAGAGGAGACGUACGCGUUCCUGGUCCCUCUACUCCGAACGCUCCUGUCCAAAGUGCACAAGCUGCUGUACAUGGAGCUGCACCUCCCCUCGCUUCCGAACUGCAACGGCAGCUCGUCGUUCUUUGAGGACUUCCAGCUGUACUGCAGCUCACCCGAAUGGAGGGUGUACCUCGACAAAUACAUCAUCCCGUACAUGAAGCAGUACGAGCUCGAGACGUUCAGUCAGGGACAUGAGAACAUGGCUCUGUAUUGGAAGGACUGCUACGAAGCCUUCAUGGUGAACCUACACUGCCGGGAGAGGGAGCGAGGCGAGAGCAAGAUCCGAUUUCAGGAUCAGUUCGUGGAGCCGUUUAGCCGGCGAGCUCGUCAGGAGAACCUGAGGUACAACAGCAUGCUGAAGCAGAUGCACACGCAGAACAGCGCCGUCGUCAGGCAGUGGAAAGCGGCACGGCGGUGUCUCCUGGGUGAUCGAGGACCCUGGGCUUACAGGCAGCAAAAGGAGAUUCACUGGAAGUUGUCGAGUGCAGAGAAUUACUCCCGUAUGCGUCUGAAGUUGGUGAGGAACUACAACUUCGACCCUCACAAAGAGGCUAGCGCUCUGAGAGACAAUCUGGGUGUGCAACAUCAGAAGGUGAACACUGAGUCUUUGUUGUUGGAGGCUGUGAAGCAAGUGAAGGUCAGCGACCUCGAGGACGAAAUCCUGGAGCUGCCGGAGGAGGAUCCAAGCGGGAACACACAGGCGGACGAUGAGGACGCGGGUCAGAAGGAGAAGUUGGUGAUGAUGGAGGACUGUGAGCUGGUCACUGUGGUGGAUGUGUUUCCUGGUCGGCUGGAGAUCACAAACCAGCACAUUUACUUCUACGACAGCAGCACUGAGAAAGAGGAGGGUGUGGGUCAGGAUUUUAAAUGGCCGCUGUCUCAGAUCAGAGAGAUUCACCUGCGUAGGUACAAUCUCCGCCGCUCAGCCCUCGAGAUCUUCCUCAUUGAUCAGACCAACUACUUCCUCAACUUCAACAAGGAGGUGCGUAAUAAAGUCUACAACCGGAUGCUGCUGCUCUGCUCUCUCUCUCUCCAUGGCACUCGCUCGCCCCAGGAGCUCCUCAAGGCCUCUGGACUCACCCAGAAAUGGGUGAACAGGGAGAUCUCAAACUUUGACUACCUGAUGCAACUGAACACCAUCGCAGGCAGAACCUACAACAACCUGGCUCAGUAUCCUGUGUUCCCCUGGAUUCUGUCAGAUUACACGUCGGAGGAGCUGGACCUGUCCGACCCGCGAGUGUUCCGUGACCUCUCCAAACCCGUCGCUGUGCUUAACGAGAAAAACGCCAAAGCAGUAAAGGAAAAGUAUGAUAGUUUUGAGGACCCCACUGGUACAAUAGACCGCUUCCACUACGGCACUCAUUAUUCAAACGCUGCAGGAGUGAUGCACUACCUCAUCCGAGUCGAGCCCUUCACCUCCCUGCACAUCCAGCUGCAGAGCAACAGGUUCGACUGCGCAGACAGACAGUUUCACUCCAUCCCAGCCACAUGGCAGACGCUCAUGGACAACCCCAACGAUGUCAAAGAGCUCAUCCCGGAGUUCUUCUACUUCCCAGAGUUCCUUGUGAAUCAGAACGGCUUUGACCUGGGUCGUCUGCAGAUCUCUAAGGAGCGUGUGAACGAUGUCAUUUUGCCGAAAUGGGCCAAAUCUCCCGAGGACUUCAUUUACAAGCAUCGCAAAGCCCUGGAAUCAGAGUAUGUCUCCGCCCACCUCCACGAGUGGAUCGAUCUGAUAUUCGGGUACAAGCAGAGAGGCCCGGCUGCAGUCGAGGCCCUCAACGUCUUCUACUACUGCACGUAUGAAGGCGCUGUAGAUCUGGACGCCAUCACGGAUGAGAAGGAGAGGAAAGCUGUAGAAGGAAUGAUCAGCAACUUCGGACAGACGCCAUGCCAGCUGUUAAAGGAGCCUCAUCCUGUCCGUCUCUCUCUGGAGGAACUGGAGAAGAGGAAAUCCCGACUCGAGACGAGUCCGCUUAACAUCUUCGAACAUCUCACCGACCUCAAGUCAUUCUUCGUGGAGGGGAUCAGUGAUAACACCGCCCUGGUGAAAGCAGUGGUCCCGAAGAACCAGUCUCACUCGUUCAUCUCUCAGGGCAGCCCGGACUCGCUGGUGACCGUGAGUUACAACUACCUGAUAGGAACUCACGGCUGGCUCCCUUACGAUAAAAACAUCUCCAACUACUUCACCUUCAUCAAAGACCCCACGGUGGCCAAUCAGAAGACCCAGCGGUUCGUGGCGGGGCCGUUCUCUCCAGAUGUGGAGGUCUCUACCAAGCUGUUUGUGGUGUCUCAUGAUGGGAAGCUUCUGUUCAGCGGAGGCCACUGGGACAACAGUCUGCGGGUCACAUCGCUGCUGAAGGGGAGGACGAUAGCGCAGCACGUCCGCCACAUGGAUGUGGUAACCUGCUUGGCGACAGAUCACUGUGGGCUUCACCUGAUCUCUGGUUCCAGAGACAACACCUGCAUGGUGUGGCAGGUGCUGCAGCAGGGCGGGGCUCCAGUGGGUCUGAGCCCUAAACCAUUGCAGGUGCUGUACGGACACACAGACGAGGUAGCGAGUGUGUGUAUCAGCUCAGAGUUGGACAUGGCCGUCUCAGGAGCACGGGACGGCACAGUGAUUAUCCACACAGUGAGGAGAGGACAGUACCUGCACUCGCUGCGUCCCCCGUGUGAGAGCUCUCUACCUGUGUGUGUCACACACCUGGCCAUGUCCUGGGAGGGUCACGUGGUCGUACACACCUGUGUAGAGGGCAAGGCCACGCUGAAGGAUAAGAACACGCUGCACCUGUACUCAGUGAACGGGAAACACCUGUGCAGCGAGCCUCUGAAGGAGCAGGUGACGGAUGUGUGUGUGUCGGGAGAGUUCAUCAUCACCGGCAGUGAACAGGGCUUUCUCUCCAUCAGAGACCUGUACAGCCUGGUGCUGUGUGUGUGUCCUGUGGCGAUGCGUGUGCCGAUCCGGUGUGUGUCGGUGCCGAAGGAGCAGUCUCACGUGUUGCUGGGGCUGCAGGACGGAAAAUUGAUCGUGGUGGGAGUGGGAAAACCAGCCGAGACGCGUUCGGGUCAGAUCACGCGGAAGCUUUGGGGCUCCAGCAAACGCAUGACCCAGAUUUCAUCCGGCGAGACCGAAUAUCCCACCCAGGAGCAGAUUUGACUCCGCCCACUGCCCCACCAUUCACCAAUCAGGAUGGAGCGAGGAAGGAAGUGUAGUGUGUGUUGUACGGUUAGAGACGAGUGUGUUGGACUGGCGCGGGCGCUCACGUCCAGCUGAGUGUGUCGGAUUCGAUUACUACCCCUAACCAUAUCAUCACACACACACACACACACACACACACACACACACACACUCACAUUAAUAGCAGUAACGCCACUACAACAAUGGUGUGUGUGUGUUUAGGUGUGUGUGUGUGUCGGAAAUAUUCCAUUUGUUUUUUUUUCAGUGGCCUUGUUGUAUCUUUUUGCCUUUUACUUCUUAACACACACACACACACACACACACACCAUACACACCCAUAGGAAUGCUGAUCACUGUGUGUACGCAUGUGUAUGUGUGUGUGAGACUGUCUGAAUGUGUUUGAUUUCUUACUUGAAUUCUAGAUUAUUUAUUGAAAUGAAGGUGAUGUUUAACGCUACAGUAAACAGAUGAAGGGCUUCAGUAGUCAUAACUCUAAGCAACAAAGCAAUACAAACCCCACCCCCCAACCCCACCCCCCCAAAAAAAAAAAAGGA